AUGAUGGUGGAUCUGUCAAACGAGUCUCCCGCUUGUUUUCUGGGCUGUGUGGCGCUGCAGCUGCUCCACGACGAGGGCUGUGUCGAGAAGUUCUUCCUGUGCUUCGAGAGCACACUUCGCGCCUUUCGCGCCGAGCUACUCGACCGGCCCAGCGGAGGCUCCAUGCAGAGAGGUACACUUCGUGCAGGACUGCACCUCUGCACGUUGUCGAUUGAGCAGGGUUUCCCAUGGACGGGUCAGCUCAAGUGCAUGGCCGAUCUUGCUGGCCUAGCCGACGACCAAGAACCAGCCACCCCUCCACCCGACGACUCGACGUACCACGUUCUGGAGGCUAUCGCGGUCAUGGACCUGCCCGACUUUGUCUUUGGCCGACAGACGGCCUGCAUAGGCAUGUGGAAGCGCCUGCGCGAGCACCAACGCCGGGCGACCGGAACCCUGCCUGGUGGUGUAGAGAUGAUGACAGCCCUUCCUCGCACACUCCUGGAUAUCUUUGCCCGCGUCCAUGAGCCCGCGGCACAGUUCGACUUUUGGCACUGGAGUGGAGAUGAGGGUCAUCUGCUGCAGGCGGCGUUCUGGGAUGUGUGGAGGUUCUGCGGCAUUCUUCUUGCCCGUAGAUCACGCGAACAGACAACCACCCGGACGAACGAUGCCGCACAACCGCAAGACCGAAGCUUGACCAUCUCUGGGUUGCCAUCCGACGAGCACCUAGUAUAUCGAAUCGUCGCGUCAUUGGAUACUCUGCGGCUGGGACUUCAACAGCCGGAGAAUACGCACUUGCUCCUCGCAAACGGCAUGUUUUACCCAUACAUGGUGGUCAGCUGCAACUUGGCCAUUCUGUCCCGGCAUCCAAAGUGGCUUCUUGCUCUUGAUAAAGUUAGGGAGCUUUGUUUCCGGGAUCCGUCCCAAAACAUUGUAAUCGCCCAGAGUCUGCUUGAGGAAAGCAGGGAAAAGGGAGACGAGUUUUUUGACAUAUCCGAGGCGGCGAGGGUCCGCGGGAUUGAACUAGCAGUCUUCUGA